UUAGUUCCGGUGGGAAAACUGCAUACGGACCAAAAAUGAGUCAGCGAGCGCUCCGGCCUCCACCUCCGGACCGGAGUGCCCGCUGCCUGUGUUUCCCCUUUCUGGGGUCCCGGCAUCUCCCGGUCAAACACACUGACCGGGAGCGCGGGUCUCAGCCUGGCAGGGAUGCGGCUAGCGUGGCGACUGGUCCCCGCUCACGCGCCGCGUCCCCGUUAAGCUUACCUGCUCCCCGUGCAGCGUCCCUGGUUCCUGGUUCAGUAAUUUUAAAGGGCCCGCGCACCAGUAAUUGGUGCGCUGGUUCCACACCUCCCUUGUCAAUUCCCAAUAAAAGACACCUGCCCGUUCCUGCCCUUGCCGAAACUUUGUGCCUUGUGCCUCUGAGAAGCGUUCCCUACAGUGUUAUUGCCUAACCAGUUGCCGAACCCUUGCUACCGUAUACUCGCCUGUGAACCCUUGCCGCCUGCCCUGACCUCUGCUACGUCCGACUACGCUCUUGCCUGCUCCCUGUGUACCACGCCAUAUCAGCCACCAGAGAGGUUGAGUUGCUAUUGGAAGAUACGACCUGGUGGUUACCGCCGCAGCAAGACCAUCCCGCCUUGCGGCGGGCUCUGGUGAAAACCAAUAACCACUUAGAACCGGUCCUCUGGUACAACCCGCGUCAUCGCCUCUCUGGUUCAGAGGAUCCACUUCCAGUCCUGCCGAGCUAUGCAUUCUUUACUACUCUUCCAUAAUCCCAGUGACCCAGAAUGCAAAGUGGAUGAGUCAACCGUCUAAAAGGACAUUAGCCCGAGGCACGACUACUACAACAUCUCCUAUGAAGACAAGUUGCCACCAUGACGACAUCAGGAUACAUCUCCGUUCUGUUCUCACUGCUUUCUCUAUGUACCUUGACCGGCGGCGUGUCGAUAAAGAACAUUGACUAUGUUCUUAAUAAUGGCAAUGGAAAGCCGGGCAGCUGCCCCUCUCAGAGGUAUUACAUCAAGGGGGAAAAUGAGAUAUGCCACCGAUUCUGCACCAGGGACAGUAGUUGCUUGGGGGACAAAAAGUGCUGCCCUGAUAACUGCAGCUUCAUGUGCAAACCUCCCGCAAAGGAAAAGCAGGGCACAUGUCCUUCCUUUGAAUCAUCUUUAGCUCCUGCUACACAGUGCAACGACCACUGCACCACCGAUGCUGAGUGUCCCGGAACCAUGAAGUGCUGCAAAAAGUUUUGCGGUAAAACUUGUGUGCCAACGUUAGCCGACAUAGCCAAACCGGUCAUGGCUUCGCCAGCACGUAGAGGCUUCUGUCCUCAAGAAGUGAUUCCUGGCUGUGCCAUAAAGGAAAGGGCUUUCUGUGACGACGCAUCAUGCUUGGACGGAGAGUUAUGCUGCCCCACAAUCUGCAGAUGGCAAUGCCAGAAAGCUCUUGAAGCCCGGCCCGGUGACUGUCCCACACAGUGUCCUUCUGGCACAGAGAACAAGACCUGCUCCUCUGACUAUGACUGCCCACCUAUAUUUAAGUGCUGCUCCGCUUGUGGAAAUACCUGUGUCAGGGCAGUAAAUGUUCCUUCAUUCCUCCACAACAGCACUGCUACAUUCGUCAUUCAAGGAGGAGGAAGAUAAGGAGCCGUAUACCUUCUAUUGUAUAUAUCUGGCUAUUUACUGUAUAUAGUAUAGUGUAAAGUCUAUGCGCAGUCUAUACAUUACUUGUGCAUGCUGACUACCACAUCAAAUGUAACUAUAAGGGUGCGUUCACACGUGCGUAUUUCCACGGCGGAUUUUGCCAUCCAUUGAUGUAAAGGGGUACUCCACUU